AUGGGCCUGUCCAUUCUUUCACUCAGCUCGGCCCGUGUUCUCGAGCAACGCCAGGCACGCCCGUCCUGUUACUAUGACCCAGUCUUCAACGGUCUCUGGAGCAACACACAAAUCAAUGCCGACGCACAAACCUUCUGUGCCAGCCUUCUGGGCAAACCGACCCCUUCAUACUGUGCUGGUACCAUAACCAACACCGAAACCUUCAGCGCAGCUAUCACUGCAACUGUCACUGUAUCUACCGACACGACCGUUCAAGCUACAGUCACGAGAACCGACACGAUGGUCCAGAUGCAACUUGGCAAGAGGGCUGCCGCUGAAGCCCAGAUCACGAGUGCCAACUUUCUGGUCAGGGCUCGUGAUGCCAUCAGGAGACAAGCUGCUUCAUCAGGCGCAACCAGUGCAGAUUUAUACGGCAAGAUUUACAGCGCCUGUUCUUGUGGCAACGCAGCUGGCAGUAUCUCGCUCCGCGCCAUCCCUGAAAUCUGCACAACCACUGAGGUCAAAACCGAAGAAGGAUUCGCCACAGCAGAGGUCUUUACUGCUACCGUCACUUCUGGCACAACGACCGUGACUGUCUACGAGAAUGUCACCCAGAUCAUCUCGACCAGCAGAUCUGCUACUUCCUUCGCGCCAGUGCCCGUCACUGUCACCUCGGAGACGCCUGAGGCUACGACCUCCGCAGACAUGGUCUGGCCUGACUGGGAUUUCUCCAGCACAAGGUCGAGCAGCACUUCGGAGGAAACUACGGAGACCUCAAGCAGCAGCACUUCAGAGGAAACCACGGAGACCUCAAGCAGCAACACCUUCGAUGAGCCCACGACCUCAACCGACAUGUUCUGGCCUGAUUGGGAGGAUGUCUCGGCGAGCACGACCUCAAGCAGCACCGUUACUUCUCUCCUCCCCGACUCGCCAACUGUACAGGAGACAACGACAUCUCCCUCGCCGUCAGCUACCUCGGAGGUGAUGGACUGGCCCGACUGGCCCGACUGGAGCAAUGUCUCGAGCACGACCGAUGGCAGCAGUUCUACUUCUCUCCUGCCUGACUCUCCCACACAGCAGGAAACAACCGCAUCGCCAUCGCAGUCGACUACCUCCGAGGGUAUGGAGUGGCCCGAUUGGGAUAUGACCACAAGUUCUACCAGCUAUGAGAUUGAGCCGACGGUUUACAACACCACUAAGACUACCUCCGCGUCUGCAACGGCCACACCUACUGGCUGCAAGAAUGGUGAUAUCUUUUCGGAAAACCCAGACAGAUGCACCGUUUAUGAGUACGUAUGCGGACGCGACUAUGGCAAGGAGGAUGUGAAGUCAGAGCAGUUCUGGACACCUACUGCUGAGAAAUGCUCCGAAACCUGCGAUUAUCAGAACUUUGCCGACAGCGAAACCCCCUGCGUGGGUAUCGUGUGGAAAGCGGGUCGGUGCAAGCUCCUCAAGAGCACCAGCACUCCCGUCGAAGAUUCCACAACCGUUGCGCUGUUGAUCAAGGCCGAUCCCAAGUGCGCCUCGACCACUUCAUCGAGCUCCUCCGCCACUGGUACCCCACUCGUGUACCCGAAUACCACGACUCCUGCCGCUACUACUGCCUCCACAUGGGGCGGAUGGGGCGAUGUCAAGAACUUCACCAGUGUUUACAACAGCAACACCACCACAAGCUUCGCUGUCGAGCCAACCAUUAUUGAGACCACGACCACCACUCAGCCUUACUACAACACCACCGCUUCCCUCACCAGCUCGAGCGUGUAUCCCAAUAUCACCACUUCCGCGAACAUCACGACUUCUUUGACUGCAUCACCCGAUUAUACCAGCACCACCGCCUCGUUGAACAUGACAACCAGCAGUGCCUACCUCGCACCCAACGUCACAACGCCCUUCACAAGCUCUACUGCUUGCGUCGCCGAGACUGUUUACCUGGGCAAUGUGACCCAGACGGUGACUGAGACAGCCACAGUGGUCCAGUACGCGAGAGGCGGACACAGGUGGAAGGGAUGGUAA